AUGUCGUGGGUGGGCAGGCGCAGCGCGCGGGAAGGGCAGGCGCAGCCCCGGGGGGAGGGCGAGCGCGGGGAGGCUGAACAGGGGAAGGUAGAGCUGGGGAGGCUGGAACUGGGGAAGGUAGAUCUGGGCAGGGAAGAACUGAGAGGGGCGGAGGUGGGGCAGAGGGAUGACGAGGUAGAACCAGGAAAGGUAAGUCCCAGCAGCGAAGCUGACGAGUGCCAGGCGGCGUUGACUUGCGUUGACUCACCAGGAAGCCAAACUCCACCGUCGCCGACCCUUGGGAAUACCGGCGCUAGAGCUGGGGACCUUAGAAUGGGGGGGACCGGGGAGGUCAAGAUGGGGGAAGCUGGGGAUCUGAGAACGGGAGCAAGAGGCUGCCUCGAUAACUCGUUUAAAGACGCGCCGGACGACUAUGUAGACGAGUAUUUAGACGACCAGGAGGGCGGGGCUGGGGCAGGGGAGGAGAAAACGAAAGGUGGUGGUACAAGGGAGGAGAAGGGAGGUGGUUUAGACGGGGCGAAGAGGCAUGGUAAGGCUAGUGAGGGGGUUCAGCAUGGGGAUUUGAGUUUUGAGAUGCCGACUCAGAAACAGGCGGUUGGGAAGGGAGAUUUGUAUUGCCAGGGGGACCUCUAUGGGAAACAGCUCAGAGGAGAGGAUAAGAGGGAUGGCAAGGCUGGUGAGGUGGUAGCGCGUGCGGAUUUUAGUUUCGAGGCGCCUCAGAACUCAAGGCGUGGCAAGGCUGCUGGUGACGAGGUUCAGCAUGGGGACUUGUAUGGGGAACGGCCAAGAGGAGCGGAUAAGGGUGAUGGGAACGCUGGUGAGGUGGUUGGGCGUGGGGAUUUGUAUCGCCAUGGGGAUCUGUAUGGGGAACCGUUGAUAUCGCAACUAUCAUCCCCAUCCUCCUCGUCCUCCUCCUCAGCAUCAGAGGGAGCAGCAGAGGGAACAGAAGGGGAGGCAGCAGGGAAGAAUGAGCGGGGUGCUGGCAGGAUGACAGACGACAGAUCAAUCGGCAGAGAGAGUGGCAGGGAGAGUGGCAGGGAGAGUGGCAGGGAGAGUGGCAGGGAGAGUUGCAGGGAGAGUGGCAGGGAGAGUGGAAGAUCAGCCCGCAGGAGUAUGAGGGGAACCUCUAUCACUCCUGACAGCCCCUCUAUCAGGAGGCGUGGGGGGGCGGUGGGCAGUGGCAGGCAGCUGGGCUACGGCGGUGCUGUGGGGUCCUUUAGAGACUUUGUGCCUUCACAUAACAUCGUGCCUUCAAACGACAUGUGUGACGCCGUUCAGUUAAGGGAUCCCGUGCCGUCGCACAUGCCAUUUCAAGCAAGUGAUUCGGUUCCGAGUGAUUUGGUUUCAGGUGAUUCCGGCCAGUUUGACUCGUUGCCUGCUGUCGAUGCGGGUGGCUCAGGUCGCUGGAACGGUUCAGAACAGUUCAGUGGGCGUGCGGAGGGGCAUGGGGAGGUGCAGAAGCUCCAGAAAAAGCAGCAGGAGGAUAAGCAGCAGCAGAAGCAGAAGCAGAAGCAGCAGCAGGAACAGCGUGAGCAGAAGCGGGUGCAGGCAGCAAUCCCGCCACCUUUGAAACUAGUAGAGGGGGGAGGCGUGCAGGGGAGCGUGCUAGGGCGGCCGUACGUUGCACUGCAGAGCCGCUUCGUGGUGGGGAGAAGGGAGAUCGGGCGAGGGCAGUUUGGUGUGAUCUACAAGUGUGUGCCUCGCGGUGCGCUUGGAGGGGCGGCGUUCGCCUGCAAGUCCAUAAAAAAGAAGGACAUCCAGACCCUGCCAGGAGCAGAGGAUAUCCGGAGGGAGGUAGAAGCAUUGGAGCGAGUGAAAGGGCAUCCCGGGAUAGUGGAGUUGAACUCCACGUUCGAGGACCCCCAUGCGGUGCACCUGGUGAUGCAGCUGUGCCGCCAUGGGGACCUCUUCGACCACGUCAAGACGCGCACACGCCUCCCGGAGCCCACCGCCGCGUGCAUUCUGAGCCAGCUGCUGCACGCGCUGCAGCACUGCCAUGACUUGGGCGUGAUUCACCGCGACGUGAAGCCGGAGAAUGUGCUUAUAUAUGCACGGGGAGGGGGAGGCGGGGACGGGGAGAAGGUUCUUGUGAAGCUGGGGGACUUUGGCGUCGCAACCCGGUUCUCCCCAGGCAUGCCCUGCACGGACCCAGUGGGAACGGCCAUGUACAUGUCACCAGAGCUGCUGCAAGGCAGCUACGGGCCGGCAGCAGACGUGUGGAGCGCCGGCAUCGUGCUCUAUGUGAUGCUCUCCGGGGCUCUUCCGUUCUUUGCCACCAAGAACCGCUCGCUUAUUGAGGCGAUCAUGCAUGGGCCGGCUCGGAUGGAGGGGCCGCGGUGGGAAGGAGUGUCGGAGGGAGCGAAAGCAGUGGUGCGGAGGAUGCUUGAGAAAGAUCCAGCGGAGAGGGCCACAAUACAACAGAUUCAUGGCCCAGCGGCGCGCGAUGCGGCGCAGGAUGAGUACGCUUUGGCGGACGAUCAUCGGUCGCAGGGCGACGUCGCAGAGUGGCCGUCGGCUCUUGACCAGCUGUCGCAGCCGAACUCGUUUCGCGCGGACGACUGGGACCUGGAGCAGGGCGACAGCCGAGAUCCCGACGGCGAAAUCGGCGAGGAUACCGGUUUUCGCGACAGCCGAAUCGACCGCGACGCCAGCGGGAGAAUGGGGCAGUCCGUCGGCGCGAGCAGGAGGGGGGAAGGCGGGGAUAGCAUGAUACGCGGAGAGAGAGGCGGAGAGAGGGACGAUGGGGGAUAUAGAGGCAGCGCUAGAAGCGGAAGGAGCGAGGGGGGGGCUUACGUAGUCGAGAUGGACAUGGGUAGACAGGAGACUCUUUCGCAUGGCCUCGCGGACAUGCCGGAUGGUAACCCGGUAACCAUAGCGACUGCCAGAGGCUUGGUCGAUGGCGAUACCGCCGCGAGAGACGGUGAGAGUGAGAGCAGCGGCGACUCGUACCGCGACGCGGAGAGCUUCUCGUCUUCUGGCGAGUCUAGCCUUAACGAGUACGGGCAGGAGGGCGACGAAGAGGAGAGUCUCAGCAGCCACGCCGGGGACGACGAGGAGGACGAAAUCGGGGAAGCUUAUAACGGGGCGAAGAGGAACACGUGGCCGUUGGUGGUUGGCAUGAGGGAAUUAAAGUGGUGGCAGCAGGCGGUGCUGGUGCUGGUGGUGGCGGUGGGACUCAUUGGAGUGUCAUACGCCAUGCUGGCAGCGGCCAAAGUGGGAGACUUGCUCUUCCUGCCUGCGCCUGUCUGGCCCCCCACAGGCCUCGCGCUCUUUGCUGUCCUCGCACUGGGCUACUGCAUCUGGCCGGCACUCUUCCUCUCAGGCACGGCCCUCUCGCUCACCUACGGCACCCUCCACGUCACCCUGCCGCGCCUGCAGCUCAUCCUCUACUCCCUCGUUAUAGGCACGGACCGCACGCUCUUCGUGCUCCUCCUCGCAUUCUUCCCCUCCUACCACUCUGGAACGCACUGGGCUAUCGCAUCUGGUCGGCACUCUUCCUCUCAGGCACGGCCCUCUCCCUCACCUACGGCGCCAUCCACGUCACCCUCCCGCGCCUUUGAGGCGCCUCAAAAGUUCCCUCAUCUCCACCCCCACCCCUAUCCCUCCCCCCAACAGGCUCUAGGCUACCGCAUCUGGCCGGCACUCUUCCUCUCAGGCACGGCCCUCUCGCUCACCUACGGCACCCUCCACGUCACCCUGCCGCGCCUCCAGCUCAUCCUCUACUCCCUCGUUAUAGGCACCGACCGCACGCUCUUCGUGCUCCUCCUCGCCUUCUUCCUCACGCGCUUCCUCCGCCGCCAACCCACCGACCUCACCCCGCUAGACCGCGUGUCCAACAACUUCCGCCUCUUCUUCUUCUCCUUCCUCAUCUCGUUCAUCUUCGAGGGGAUCGUGUCAAUCGUCCUGAGUCUUAUCGGAGCAGAGACACCUGAAACUGCUGCCAUUACUGGGUGCUUUCGAACGCUGGCGAGCUUCUCAGGGAUCAUUCUCACGCUGCCGUUGCUUAUGCAAGUGGCGGUGUGGAAACCUUUCCCAGCAGCGUCAUCAGCGUCAUCACCAUCAGCCGCAGCAGCAGCUGCACAAAUCCAACCUAAUCCUCGUUCUCCACAUUCCUCCACAUCCCAUCCGCCUUCCCACUCCUUCCCUCCCACGCAAUCCUGGCUACCCUUCCUCUGCCAACUUCUCUCCACCCCCAAGAGCUGGGAAUUCCUCGCUCUAUUCCUCCUCAACACAGGCAUAUCUCUCCUCAUUUUCGCCCCAGGAACCAGCCCUCUCAUCGUCUCCCUCCCCUACAUGCUCUUCCCAGGGGUCCUCUGGGCAGCGGUUAGAUUUAACCGCCACGGCUCGGGCCUCAUGCUGCUGCUGGUGGUGCUGAUCGCGUGCUGCUGCACGGCCAGAGGGUGGGGCCCGCUGGUGAGGGAGAAGGCGAAUGAGACGACUCUGCAGCUGCAGGUGUUUGUGGUGACGGUGGGCGUGGUGGGAGUGGUGGUGGCUGCAGCUGUGAGGGACACGAAUCGGCUGAGGAAGGAGCUGCGAAGGUUAAAUGCGCGGCUUGAGGGGGAGGUGCAGCGACGCACGGAGCAGAUCCGGCAGUACAACGAGGCAAAUGAGACGACUCUGCAGCUGCAGGUGUUUGUGGUGACGGUGGGCGUGGUGGGAGUGGUGGUGGCUGCAGCUGUGAGGGACACGAAUCGGCUGAGGAAGGAGCUGAGAAGGUUAAAUGCGCGGCUUGAGGGGGAGGUGCAGCGACGUACGGAGCAGAUCCGGCAGUACAACGAGGUGUUUGUGGUGACGGUGGGCGUGGUGGGAGUGGUGGUGGCUGCAGCUGUGAGGGACACGAAUCGGCUGAGGAAGGAGCUGAGAAGGUUAAAUGCGCGGCUUGAGGGGGAGGUGCAGCGACGCACGGAGCAGAUCCGGCAGUAUAACGAGGUAAAUGAGACGACUCUGCAGCUGCAGGUGUUUGUGGUGACGGUGGGCGUGGUGGGAGUGGUGGUGGCUGCAGCUGUGAGGGACACGAAUCGGCUGAGGAAGGAGCUGAGAAGGUUAAAUGUGAGGUUGGAAAGGGAGGAGCAGCGUCAGACGGAGCAAAUCCGGCAGUACAAUGAGGACUUGAAGAUGUCAAAGGAGGAGCUGGAGGAAGCGGGGAGGGCCAAGACGGAGUUCCUGGCCAACAUGAGCCAUGAGAUACGUUCUCUCUUCCUUCACCCCAUCUCCUCCUCCUUCCCCCUCCGUCUUCCCCAUUCUCAAUCCUCUUCUCCUCCCUUCCUGUCUUCUCCCUUCCCACUCCUCUUCUUCUCCCUUCCUGUCUUCCCCCUUCCCAAUCCUCUAUGCUCUACCCUUCCCCCCCCAGCACGCCCAUCCACGGCAUCAUCGGCAGGACAGCUCUCGCCAUGGACACCCUCGAACCGUCCCGCCCGUCCUCAAAUCCUCAAUCUUCUCCCAUCCUCCCCUCCCGUCCUUUCCCUCCCAUCCUUUCCCUCCCGCCCUUUCCCUCCCGCCCUUUCCCUCCCGCCCUUUCCCUCCCGCCCUUUCCCUCCCGCCCUUUCCCUCCCGCCCUUUCCCUCCCGCCCUUUCCCUCCCGCCCUUUCCCUCCCGUCCUUUCCCUCCCGCCUCCCUCCCGUCCUUUCCCUCCCGCCCUUCCCUCCCGCCCUUCCCUCCCCCAGCACGCCCAUCCACGGCAUCAUCGGGAUGACAGCCCUCGCCAUGGACACUCUCGAGUCCCUCCGCGCCAUCCCGUUACCACCCAUCCCACACCACUCCUCCCACUCCGCCUCUGCCGCCGCCGCCGCCGCAGCAGCAGCGCUGGCGGAGCGGAGCGAUCUGACGGUGGAGGUGCACGAGCAUCUGACGGUGGUGGCGCAAUCGGCCGAUUGCCUGCUGAACAUCGCCAAUACUGUUCUGGACCUCGCGAGAAUAGAAGCAGGGCAGCUUGCUUUGGAUAAAGUGCCUUUCAGGCUGCGGGAUGUGGUUGGCUCGACCAUGAGAAUGCUGCAGGUGAGUGGAUGGGUUCACAGGGAUUGUCUGCUGAACAUCGCCAACACUGUUCUGGACCUGGCCAGGAUCGAAGCAGGGCAGAUUGCUCUGGAUAAAGUGCCUUUCCGGCUGCGGGAUGUGGUUGGCUCGACCAUGAGAAUGCUGCAGGUGAGUGGGGGAAGGAAACAAGGUAAAACAGGGUUGGCAGGGUCAUGCAUGGCGGAUUGUCUGCUGAACAUUUCUGAGGCGCCUCAAAAGUCAUCUUUUGAGGCGCCUCGAAAGUCAUGCAUGGCGGACUGUCAGCUGAACAUUUCCAACACCGUGCUGGACCUUGCCAGGAUCGAAGCAGGGCAGCUGGCUUUGGAUAAAGUGCCGUUCAGACUGAGGGAUGUUGUUGGCUCCACCAUGCGCAUGCUGCAGGUGAAUGGAGUGGACCAUAUGGUGGUGCUGGUAGUGCUGGCUGGCAGUGCUGAUGGAGCUGAGCUGAUGGGGGCAUUGCUUGAUGCAGCAUUCAGUUUUUCCCUUCCUCGCCUCACUCCCCUCCCCCUCUCUCCACCACCCUCCAGGUACGGGCGGGAAAGAAGUAGCUGCCUUCUCAUUGCACCUUGUGGAGAACGUGCCUCUGGAGCCUACGGGAGCAGAUGCUUGGUGCGAGCGGAGCAGAAGCAGCUGGCCUUCUCAUGGCACGUGGCAGAGAAGGUACCUCUGGAGCUCAUGGGGGACCCGGGCAGAUUGCAGCAGUGCCUCAUCAAUCUGGCUGAUGGGAGAGGAGACACAGGCGGGCUGCAGCAGUGCCUCAUCAACCUUGUGUCAACUCUCCUCUUUUCGUCUCUCUUCCUCCCCAUCCCUCAACCAGUGGGUAAUGCGAUCAAGUUCACAGAGAUAGGGUCAGUGACGCUCGAGAUUUCCCUGCUCUUCCGCAGCAGCACCCGUAUCCUCACCAACAUUCCAAUUCUCCCUCCCCUUCUCUUUUUCCACUGCCAAUCUCUCCCCAUCCCUCCACCAGUGGGCAAUGCGAUCAAGUUCACAGAGACAGGGUCCGGCAGCCGCCGAGCCUCCCUCUUUGGUCCGGGAAAGAGAAGCCGACGUGGCAGCCAGGAGUUGGCUGAGCUGGGAGGGGGGUUAGGAGUAUACCAGUGUCUUGGUUACGAGGCUGGUGAUUGGUCAGAACCCUGGGCAGGGGGGGAGGGACGCACAGAUAGCGGGGAGGAAACAGCGGAGUUGGGAGGGGUUUGGAGGGGUGGGAGGUGGCGGGAGAAGAGCUGGGGGCGGGGGUCGAGAAGAGGUGGAGAGGGAGGGGGAGUGGGGGGGAGAGGACGAGGGAGUGAAGGGGUGGUGGAGUGUGGGAGUCUGUCAGAUGGAGAGUCGUUUCCUAGAGAGAGGGGUAGAGGUAGGAGUAUAGAGAGGGGUGUAGGGAGAGGUGGAGAUGUGGACAGAGAGGAGGAGAGGGAUGAGGAGGAAAUGCAGGUGCCUGUGUCUCGAACGCGGUCCAGUGAGACUCGCAGCAGGCGGGUUGACUUCUUAGACGUGGGUCUGGCGGGCAGUGGCAGGAGCAGUGGCAAGUGGAGCGAGGGCGGCCUGAGCAGCCGCAGGGGGGGAGCAGGGUCGCGGGGUGGUAGCGGGUUCUUCUCACGGGCAAGAGAGGAGAGAGAGAGGGAGGAGAGGGAGAGGGAUAGUGAUAAGGAAUUGGGGUCGCCACACCCUCAGAGGGUGUUGGAUUUCAGAGACCUAGGGGAAACAGAUGGAGCUCAACCCAUGCCCUCGUUUCUAGGUGCCAUGCAAGCAUGCGCUGCCCCCUUUGCCUCUUCCCCUUUUGGUGCCUCUUCCACCCCCCCUCUACUCUCCCCCAUGGCUCGUGCUCUCCCCCCACCACAACCCAUCCUCGCUCGCCAGUCCAUGCCGGCCCUCGCAUCCGCUUCCGCACCUGUUUCCGCGCCUGGCUCCGAGCCUCGCUCCGUGCCUGAGCCUGCGCUCGCCCCAGGCUCGGCUCCCGGGCCUCUGGUGUCGCAACGGAGCAACAUGUCCCAAGCUAGUGACUACUCCUCUGUAGUGGAGCUCAGCCGAAACAGCAGCGCACGUUCACACUCACACGUUAGAGGCAGCGCGUUUAGACCAUCUGAGAGUGUACAGCCCUUGGUUUAUGCGCCUGAGGGGACUGUGUUGGACCGGACCGAGAGUGAUAACCUGGCAAGGGCGGUGGGUGCGGAGCUGUUGGAGGGGUUUGGGAGGAGUAGGAGUGUGCGGGUGCAGGAGGGGCGGGGGCAGGGAGGAGGGUGGCCGAGAGGUGGUGGGAGGUAUUUUUACUCACAGCAGCACCAGAGGCAGCCUAGGGAGGGCCGCAGGGGAGAAAGUGGAGGCGGGGGAGGGGUAGCAGGAGGGGGAGCAGCAGGAGGAACGGGGAGAGGGGAGGAGGGAGGGAGGGGGAAGCGCGGCGCAGGUAUGAGUGUGGGAAUGAGUAUAAAGAACAUGCUGUGGAGGCAGUCCUCUCAUGUGAGCACCCAGCGGCUUGAUACUAGUGAUGAGGAGGAGGAGACGGAAGGAGAAGGGAGGCGAGGAGGAGGAGGGAGGGAGAGGGAGGGAGAGGAGGAUGAGGAGGAGGAUGGGGAGGAGGAAGGGGAGGAGGGGAGUGAGGGAGGGAGGUCGGUGUGGCUGAUGGUGGCGGUGAGGGAUACGGGGAUUGGGAUCAGCCGGGAGAAACAGGGCGAGAUUUUCCACAACUUCGUGCAGGCAGAUACGUCGAGCACACGGGUGUAUGGCGGCAUUGGGCUUGGUCUCAGCAUUGUGCAGAGUCUGGUGCACAUGAUGGGGGGCGAGAAUUGGGUGGAGAGUGAAUCCGAUCGAGGCUCUGCCUCCUUCUUCACAGCUCACUUCAACCCUCCAUCAAUCCCCCUUCCCCGCCUGCCCCUUCCCUCCUCUCCCCCCAGUCUCGUGCACAUGAUGGGAGGUGAGAUCUGGGUGGAGAGUGAACCAGACCGCGGCUCGGCUUUCUUCUUCACAGCUCGCCCUAGCUCCACCAUUUCCUUCCUGUCUUUCUUGCCCCCCUCCACUCACCUCUAUGUUUCCCUGCCCUCCCUAAUCCCUCGCCACAGUCUGGUGCACAUGAUGGGGGGGAAGAUCUGGGUGGAGAGUGAACCAGAUCGAGGCUCUUCCUUCUUCUUCACGGCUCGCCUCAACCGCGCCCCCCCCGGCUCUGCUCCCAUCAACCUGCCUCUGGACAUCCCUGCCACCCCAGGCUCCAGCCACGGGGGCAGCGGCAGGCGCCCCUCCUCCCGAGGCGGCCCUGGGGGAGGCUUAUCCCGGGUAGGCAGCAGCUCGGGCAGGGCUGACCGGCUGAGAAUGGGGAUUUCAGGAGGAGCAGGAGGAGCGGGAGGAGCAGGGGGAGCGGGAGCAGCGGGUGUGAUGGAAUAUUCUAGUCCGAGAUCUCAGCUGAUAGGGGCGCUGGGUAUGGGUCUUCCCCUUGUGCUUCCAAGCCCUAUGGCAUACCCUGGUGGUCCCGGCACUCGCAGUGGCCGUUACUCCAACCUCGCCUCCCCCUCCCCCUCUGCUGCCCACACCGCCACUGCCGCACCGUUCAGCAUGAAAUAUGCACCGCUCUCCACCCCUUCCCCUCGCUCUGCUGGCAUCUGGAGGGAUUUAGAGCCUUCCCCCCUGUGGUCGAGACCUGUUAGUAGGGAGGGGCGGGCUAGGGCAACGCGGAUGGCGCCUGGAGGUUUUGGAGGGGGAGGAGGGCGAGGAAGCUGGCUGGGGCAGAGUAUGGGAGGGGAUUCGGGGUCCUUGGGAGGGGAUUCCGGGAGGGCCGGUUCAAGGGGAGGGGAUUCGGGAGGAGCAGCAGCACUGUCGGCACGAAUGCCAUCAGCUGGAGCCGCAAGGCUGAGCGUGGGCGUCAGAGGAGGCACGCUCAACGCCUCGAAUUCCUAUAACGGCUCGUCUGGAGCAUCGUCCCCCUCAGAUGAUGCAUUUGACUUCAACAUGUUCAACACCCAGAUGAAGGCCAAUGCCGCCCUGCCCUCCCCCUCAGCCGCUGGUGGUGGUGCUGCUGGUGGUGGUGGUGCUGGUGGUGGUGCUGCUGCUGCUGCUGCUGAGUCGCGGUAUUACCACUCCAUGCCCAUAUCCCCCACGCCCAUCCGCUCCCACUCCGCCUCCGCCGUGCCUCGAGUGACACCCGUGGCAGCAGGGGGAGCAGUGGUACCAGGGGCAGCAGUAGCAGCAGUAGCAGCGCCGAGUGCCAUGGUAUCAGCUGGCGUUCGAGGGGUGGGUGGCAGUGCAAUCGGUGGUACUGCUGCUGCUGCUAGUAUCGCCGGUGCAGUAGGUGCUAUAGGCAGUGGGGCGGUAUCAGACCCGUCACUCUAUUCCCAAGUGGUGUCAGGCAAUUUCGAUCUUCUCACUGGGGGUUAUUCGCCUCCUCCUAACAACGACUCCUUCUCCUCCUUCCUCACCACCUUCGCAUCUGGUCCCGCCCCUCUGCGUUCUUCUGCUGCGCCUAAGGGGAUGGUGGGGGCGGCAGUGGAGGAAGCAAUGGGCCUGGCGUCUCAGCUGCGGCCAGUCACACCAGGCCACGUGGACCCCCCUCCCCCUCUCGUCUCCGGCCAAUCACGGCUGCACACGUCAGUCACAACCGGCCGGCUGCACAGCGUGCGAAGCGAGGAGCAAGGGCGGCUUGCAUACGAGGCCUCUCAGGUUUACGGUGUGAGGAGAGAGGGGCAAGUGUAUGGUAUGAGGGGCGAUGGGGAGAUUCAGGGUGUGAGGAGCGAGGAGCAAGGCUUGGUGGCGAGGCACCUGGCAGCUCUGGAGUCUGCCGUGGGUAGCUCUUGGCCCGGGAAAGAGGCUGGGGAAGGGAAGCAAGCAGCGAAGCCUGCAUUCCAAUCCAUUUCCUCUGCUGCCCUCAACCCGCCCCACAAGCGCCAGCCCCUUCUCCUCACAGCCACCUCCCCACUCCCUCUUGUUCCCUCCACUAUAGGCACGCCUAUCCUUUGUCUCUGCUGCCCCCAACCUGCCCUACAAACGCCAGCCCCCACUCCUCACAGCCACCUCCCCACUCCCUCUUGUUCCCUCCACCACAGGCACGCCAGCACUCCAAUCCUCUGUCUCUGCUGCCCUCUCAACCCGCCCCACAAGCGCCAACGCGCUCUCCUCACAGCCACAUCCCUGCUCCCUCUUGUCUCCUCCCCACCCUCCCUUCCUCUAUCUUCUCUCCCACCCUUUCCCCACACACAGGCACUCCAAUCCUCUGUCUCUGCUGCCCUCAAUCCGCCCCACAAGCGUCAGCGCCCUCUCCUCACAGCCACCUCGCUGCCUCACCCUGCCUCUCACGCCUCUCGCUCCUUCACCUCUGCGGCUGCGCCUGCUGCAGCUGCUGCUGGCGGUGGUGUUGCUUCAGGCGGAUUCUCAGGUGCUGGCUCAGGUGGGAAGCUAGCCCGAACAGGGUCUGGUGCCGGUGCUGGUAUCAGUGUUGCCACAUCAGCCAUGGGAAAAGAUCCAGCCGCAGUUCCUGGGGGAAAGAAGAAGCAGCAUCAGCAGCAACAGCAGCCGCAGUUCCAGUUGCUCUCAUCCCACCCUCUCUCCUCCACCACCGUUCCCUCUGCUGCCUCCAUCCCUCACUUCUCCUUCAGCAGCAAGAGCCUACGCACCUCGCCCUCCCACUCCUACACCUCUGCUGUUGCUCCCAUUGCUGCUCCGACUGCCCUCUCUGCUGGCCUUCCCCCCCACCCCCAGUCCGCCCUUAUGCGCACACGCUCUGACCCAUCCCAACUCCUCGGUAUCCCCAGAAAGGUUCGGGAUAGGAGCCCGGUUCGGCCCGAACCUGCGAUUCGGCCUGCACCUGGACCUGCAGGAUCCGGGCCUGCAGCAGGCUUGGAGACGGGUCGGCUAGCCGGUAGCCAUAUGUCUGGUUCGGGCGCAGGUUUGCAGAUAGGUUCGGAAAGCAGGCCCGGGCUGAGCUACGGGAGCAGGUCUGCCUCGGUGUUGGUUCCAGGUCCGGUGCUGGGCGGCAUGAGCUUCGGUAGCCGGUCGGCAUCUGGUGCGGUACUUUCCAGGAAGCUGAGCCGAGUGAGAGAAGGGGAGAGGGAGGGGGAAGGGUCGCAGAGAGAGAGGGAAGGGGAUGGGAUUGUGGAGGAAAAGGAGGAAGGAGAAGAGGCAGGGGGAAGGGAAGGGGGAGCGGUUUCAGAAGGAACGGAGGAAGGGGAAGGGGAAAGGGAAGUGGGUGGGCAUGGGAUGGAUAUGGAGAGGAGGGAGGUGAAAGAAGGAGCAGGGCAUGAUGCUGUGCCGUGGACUCCCACCACUGCCGAUGGCUCUACCUCCUUCUUCCACUCGUUUGCCACCUCUUCCACCUCCACCACCCCCACUGCGCUCACCCCUGCUGAUGGCACCACCCCCACCACCACCGCUGCCAACACUCCUGUUGAGGGAGUCACUCCUACCACCCCUGCCAGCAGCACCGCGUUCAACCGCGCUCAAAAGUCCCCCACCACCCCUGGUGCGUCUGAGAAGGAUUCUCCAGCUGCCGUUGCUAUGAGCAGGCCUAUCAGCAGGGGAGCAGAGGACAACCUGGUGAACCAGCGCGUGGCCACACACGCCCUCUCCAAGCAGGGAGCGCGGGUCGAGGUGGUGGGCAAUGGGCAGCUCGCUCUCACUGCUGUGGAAGAACGGGCGGAUUCUUUCGAUCUCAUACUCAUGGACAUUCAGGUGAGCUCUCGUGAACCGUUGUUGUCGGGUGACAAGAGCGGGCCUCUGGUGGCCAUGCUGGCAGGGGUGCGCAUUCUCUUGGCAGAGGACAACCUGGUGAACCAGGGCGUGGCCACACAUGCCCUCUCCAAGCAGGGCGCUCGGGUCGAGGUGGUGGGAAAUGGCCAGCGCGCUCUCACUGCCAUGGAGGAACGGGCGGCGUCGUUCGACCUCAUUCUCAUGGACAUUCAGAUGCCGGUCAUGGAUGGGAUGGAGAUUACUUGCCGCAUUCUUGAUCUGAUAUUAAUCGAUCUAAAGAAAGAUGCUUUCCUCCUUCACCAACUUUCAUUUCCUUUCAGAUGCCCGUGA